AUGUUGGCUGUAACAGGACCAGUUGGAAGUGGAAAGUCCUCUCUGUUGAUGGCAAUUCUUGGAGAGCUACCUGCUAUCAGCGGAACAGUGAAAUUAAAUGGAAGAGUCGCUUACGUUCCACAAAUUCCUUGGGUUUUCUCAGGCACCAUCAGAGACAACAUUUUAUUUGGAAGACCUCUUGACGUUAGUAGUUACUAUAAAACUCUUGAUGUUUGCUGUAUGCAACCAGAUGUAGAAAACUUCCCUAAAGGAGAUUUGACCGAGAUAGGACACCGUGGUGUAAGUCUCAGUGGUGGUCAGCGUGUACGUGUAAGUUUAGCUCGUGCACUGUACUCGGCUGCUGAUGUCUAUUUGCUGGAUGAUCCCCUCAGUGCAGUGGAUGCCAAAGUUGGAAAGCAUCUCUUUAAUAACUGCAUUUGUAGAUUUCUCUCAAAGCGGACUCGUGUUUUUGUGACUCAUCAGCUUGACUUCCUAACUCACAGACCUGACGUUAUAGUGCUGAACAAUGGGGUCAAAGUUGGGUAAGGACAAUGCUUCCAGGAUGAAGAGUCCAAAACUCUUAAGUUUGCCUCUCAAACCGAAAGUGCUGAGGGGACAUGCCAAUCCUCCCCGCAUCGAAGCCCUCAGCUUCCUUAUGAUGAAGACCUCGGGGAUCAAGAUUUAAAAGAAGAGGAAGAGGACCGCAAUACUGGUUCCAUUACUUGGAAGAUAUAUUGGAGCUACAUCAGGACAGCUCUCGGAGUUCCUUUCGUGCUUUGCCUUUCUGUUGCUGUUCUUAGCAUGAAAGGUAUGAGAACAACAUUCCUUUUGAACGACAGCAACCUGAUAUUUUCUGCUAUUGUAACUCACAAGGUCCAUUUUAAUUACUUGUGUGGGUAACCUUUUGGUUUCAUCUUGGUUAAGACCACUCAGGAUUUAUAUGGUAUACCAAUAAUAUCGCUCAAUCAGAUGUGUAUUUGUGAAUUCAAGUUUUUGUUUUCUGCGUGAAAAAGGCACUAAAGAUACAUAUCAAAAACAAGAAUCUCCAAUUUUUCUUUGGACUGCGGUUAUAUUAACUUCUUCGGGUGAUAAAUAUAUAUGUUUUAGCUCAUAUACCUGGGAUGCAAAUCCAGGCUGAUCUGGAAGUGAUUUUCGCAGGGGAAAGAUAUCUGUGUAUCAUUAAUUGAAAUCUUGGCACCAUUUUUCAAUGAUAUGAUUUCAGUAUUUAUACUAGUUAAGAUUAUUACUUACUAUGUUCAUUUUUUUUAGGGUUACUGGUUGCUUCUUAUUGGUGGGCUUCUCAGGUUGCAGAAAUGAGUCAGGAGCGACAGAGAUCCUCUGCGACAUUGGGAAUAUACGGCGCUAUUGUUGGAUCAUCAUUUUUAGGCAACAUAGCCGUCUCACUACUUUUUUGUUUCAUUCUCCUCAAAGCUUCUGAAAUAUUGCACAACAAAAUGGUCUUGGCUGUCCUCAGGGCACCAGUGCUGUAUUUUGACAAGACCCCAGUUGGACGCAUUUUAAAUCGUUUCUCAAAAGACAUCGGUAACAUGGACGACGUUUUGCCUACUCACUUCCUCCUGGCUGUCGAAGUUUCUUUAUUUUCCUUCAGCACCAUUCUUCUUCCUGCUGCAGCCAACGCUUGGCUUAUUUUAGUUGCGACUCCUGUUGUCGCAAUUGUGUUAUAUUAUGGACGAUAUUAUAUGAGGUCAUCUCGUGAAAUCAAAAGAUUGGAGGCUAUCACUUGCAGCCCUGUAUAUUCGCACAUUUCAGAGACCAUCGCUGGACUUGAAAUAAUUCGCUCAUCUCAAAUGGAGCAGCGUUUCUUGAAAAGUCUCUUCAAGUAAGUUUGAAUCUAAAACCAAAGAUAAAUUCUUUGGAAAGCAUUAGAAAGUGAUGAAAGAAAUGAAAAAGCAAGUUAAAUAUCUGCACUUAUUUGGGAAAAUUAAGAGUUUGAAAUAUUUUGAAAUUGAUAAUGAUAUCUUUUUAUAACACACUUUCGAUCUGAACCGCUACGUUUUUACUGCCUACUACAACUCGUUUCUUUAUGAUACAUGUCACCUUAUAACGCUUUAUGCUCAGAUUUGACUCCCUGUUAUUCAACAGUUGUGAAGAUAAAGACUAUCUUUAUUAAGUCGAAAAGUCGCCAUUCACAACUGUAGUGACUACAUCGUGAGACAAACGAUGAAACUUCGUAACAAGUAUAAUUGCCACCUUCAAUGCCAACAGCCUUUAUUUAUCUUGGUUCAUACAACUAGGGCUGUUAAUUCUGUACACGCGAAAUUAAGUUUUUGCUUCAUGGAGGCGUUGCUAAAUAAUUAGCAUCGAAUGGCCCAAGUUACCUCGGGAGAGAGUUCAUUUGUGAUACGCGUACUUAAUAAAAAGAAUUACUAAAGUAAGUUUAUCCGUUUCAAAUGAUAGAUGAAAUGCUAAAUUAAAAGGACACCAGAAAGAAAAGGGCAGGUUACAUUGCGUUACUGGAUUUCUUUGACACGUUUUCCUAUUGUCCUAUCCCAAAAUCUCACGAAUUUUGUUAGCGUACAUGUCUAAGCAUUUAACUGAAUUAUUUUCAUCUUUUAAGAUACCAGGAUGAAAACACAUCAGCUUUAUUCAUGGUAAUAACAAGCUCACAGUGGCUUACUGUACGCAUGACACUUGCAUGCAGUCUAAUGAUAGCCGCAGCAGCAAUUGGCGCAAUUCUUGUCACUCAAAGCCCAGGUAAUGUUGCAUCAAUUUUUCAGAGCUUCUUAGGUCCUAGAGUUAAAGUAACUGGUAGCUUUUGUUUGUGUUGGAAAUAAUUACUGAGUUCUUGCUCUGUGGUUGGCGCACAAGCGGUGUAAUCAAGAGAUAGAUGGGCUGACAAAGACUGAUAGAUAUACGCGACUUGAAGGUAAAAGCAUGCACGGGCAAGUAGCCUGAAAGAAAAAUGAACAAAUAGCAGUGAGAUUAACAGCCACACUUUGAAGGACUUGGCGGACCUAAACACAGACACAUUAAAAUAUGAACUGACAGAAAUACAAACAGACAGACAGUAACAGCCAAAUAAACAGAUGGAAAGAUCUAAUUGAACCAACAGGCACAGAGAUUGAUAGGUAGAAAACCUGUUACGUAGACCGACGCGCAGACGAGGAAUAGAGGGAGAGAACUAUGGCAAGAAAGCGCUUCGCCCCUAAAGAAUUUCUGGCUAUAUCAUAUUCAUUAAUGAAACGAUACUUUAGCUUUGGCAGGCAUGUCCCUUUCUUUCUUGCUUGAAUCAUUGGAUGAGGUCCAGUAUGGUAUCAAAGUAAGUUCUGACGUUGAGAACUACAUGACUUCAGUUGAGAGAGUAAUGUGGUACACCACUUUAGAAGCUGAGCCAGGAUAUAGCACAAGAACCUGUCUUCCUUCGUCCUGGCCGCAGCGGGGUGACAUAACCAUCAGCAAGAUGUCAUUAAGGUACACUAAAGGUGGUCCUCAGGUGUUGAAAGACAUCAGUUUCUCUGUUGCUGACAAGGAAAAGAUAGGUAUUGCAGGCAGAACUGGAGCUGGCAAGUCAUCCAUUAUCGCUGCACUUUUGCGCAUGCCUGAACCAGAAGGAAAGGUUAGAAUACGGUACUUCAUGCAACAUAUCCAAGGAUUUUUGUGACAUGAUAAACGAACCUACUUUGCAACGUUCUGGACUAGUUUUGUGAAAACGCACGUGGGAAACUGCCAUUACCUAACACAUUGCUGUAAAACCCAGUAAGCUGUGAAUAUCUGAAAUAUUUAUGUACUGUAGUUGUGACGAGAGUAACGAUAGGAUCCGCUGUGAGAAAACUAAACCUGAAAAACUAAUAUUAAUUUUAUUUUGGUGUUGUGUCCUGAUCUUACAAUGAAAAUUGCCACAAUGGUUUAGGUAGUCGAUAGAAUUUUGAGUAAAAGGGAGGGUUCAAUCCACUUCAACAACUGGUCAUUUUCUGAGGAGACUUUCAAAAGUAAGAAUUGCUAACUGGGUUGACUGAAGUGGAAUCUGUUAUAUAACCCUAAACCUAACCCUAUGUUAAGCAACAAAUUGUGUGGGUGAAACAUGAAACAUCAAGGUAUGAGACUUUUGAAAGUUUGAAACCGCAUUACAUAAUAAACAUUCCUUACAUGAUUUGAUAAUAUUAAUUACGAUAUAAUUUACUUUCUAUUUGCUCGUCACAGAUUUUAAUUGACGGUGUCAAUAUUGGAACUCUUAACCUUCAGACGGCGCGGCGUUCCAUGGCUGUUAUUGCGCAGGACCCAGUUCUCUUUGGAGGUAGCUUGAGGAGAAACCUUGACCCAUUUUCAAAGCAUACAGAUCUAGAUCUUUGGACUGCUCUUGAAGAAGUGCAGUUAAAAGCCAUGGUGGAAAAGCUUCCUGAUCAGCUUGACUACCAGGUAAAGGAAGCAGGGUCCAACUUUAGUGUUGGUGGGAGGCAGCUAGUCUGUUUGGCUCGUGCGUUGGUUCAGAAGUGCAAGAUCAUCGUCAUGGAUGAGGCUACUGCCAAUGUAGAUUUCAAGACAGACAACCUGAUUCAGCAAGUCAUUCGUCACAAGUUUAAAGACUCCACAGUACUGACAAUUGCUCAUCGCCUGAACACGAUUAUGGACUAUGACAAGGUGCUGAUUCUUGAUGGCGGACGAGUAAUGGAAUUUAACAAACCUGAAAUUUUGAUGCAGAAUGGUGGAAUGUUCGCUGAACUGGUGAAGAAUACCAAUGAGGGGAAAUGUAAGCCAAAGGAAUAAAGAGUAAAAGCCCAAAUCAUGGAAAAUACAUUGACGAAAGAUUAAAAGUUGUUUUCAAAUCUCAUCGCUGAGGACACAAAUGCCUUUCAGCAGCUAAAUCGCGGCCGAUUUUUUUUUAUUCUUAGCUUCUUUGCAUAGAUAUAGACUGGUGAUUGAAAAACAAAACAACUGUGCAGGUCUUGGCUGAGGGACACAGGAAUUGUUGUCGUCAUCCUUAUUACACGCGCACCAGUAGCCGCCUCAAUUGUUCUUUUAUCGAUAGUAUGGAAUUAAUCAUGAUUGAUUUUGUACGAAAUGAAAAUAAAAUGCGAUUCUUCUCCC